GUUGUAUGUAUGUACACGUUUACAUGUUUGUUAUAUAGCCAGAGAGAGAACGAGUGAGAGCUUUGAAAUGGCGACUAGCGGUGCCCUUAGAGUUAGCAGCAUUUUCAGGCCGAAUCUUUUCAGAGGCAAAGUGGCUAUCGUCACCGGCGGAGCAACGGGAAUAGGAAAAGCGGUUGCAGAGGAACUUCUUUACUUAGGAUGUUCAGUGACGAUUGCGUCGAGAAACGAAGACAACCUGAAGAACGCGGUCACAAAUUUUCAAGAAAGGCUAUUACCGGAGAAAGAAAAACAUCGUGCAACGUUUCUGCCCUGCAACAUCCGCAAGGAGGACCAGGUGAAAGCGCUUUUUCGGCACACGCUGGACAAACAUGGCCGCCUUGACUUUCUCGUCAACAAUGGUGGCGGCCAGUUCUUGUCGACAGCGGACAGUAUUUCACUCAAGGGCUGGAAUGCAGUUGUCGAGACUAACCUGACUGGAACAUUUCUCAUGUGCAGGGAGGCUUACCAGCAUUGGAUGGAGGAGCACGGUGGAGCCAUUGUGAACAUAAUAAUGGAAAACUCCCGCGGGUUUCCGAUGGCAGCGCACUCGGGAGCAGCCAGAGCUGGUGUGGAAAACCUAACCCGUUCAUUGUCAAUUGAAUGGGCUGCAAAUGGGGUCAGAGUCAAUGCAGUUAUGCCGGGUACUAUUUAUUCAGAGUCUGCUGCAAAGAAUUACCAGGGUGACUUGUUCAAGCUAGUAAGGCCGAGACUUCCUGCCAAACGACCUGGUACCACUCAAGAGGUGUCGUCAGCAGUUUGCUUUCUGCUGUCACCAGGAGCAACCUACGUGUCAGGCGCUACACUAAAUGUUGACGCAGCUGGCCAGUUCUAUCCGGCUGUCACACUGGAAGUGCCAGAGCAUGACCGAUGGCCCAAGCAUGACAGCUGUUCCGGGGAUGAGACAAAAGUGCCACCAGAGCAGUAGCGAUCAUUUCACCGCCAUUUUAUGUUCCAUCCACUUCAAGGGUCAGAACUGCAGGGUUUUGGUGGACUA